AUGAAGAAACAGAGACUAAAAAAAUUCACAAAUAAAAACACUGGAUCUAAUUUCAAUGCUCCUAUAGAACGUUGCUUAAAAACACAAUCUGAUUAUUAUGAACAAGGUGUAUAUUUAGAAGAACAAGCAGAAAGAUGGUUUUUAUCUGAUAUUAAGAAGACUUUAAAGUUUAUUUACCAAGCUUUAAUAAUUUAUGAUCAAGGCUUAACUAUUAAAGCAGAUUAUAUUAAAGAUUCCUAUAGUAUCGAAUAUAAUAGGUUAAGGUUGUUAUUAAAAUGUCAUUCUGAUUAUAUAUGCGCAGAUGGUUAUAUUAACAUUAUAAAUUAUGUGAAAGAUUUAGAUAAGGACUUACUUCAAGUCGUUUUCCCUGGGUUAAAGGCAAUUAUUUUAGGAUUUGAAAAUAUGUAUAAUAAAUACUCAUAUCAACAAGGAGAAAGUAUGUUGAGCUGGGACUUUUACUUUAACUAUUUAACGUGCUUAUCAAUCUACAUUGAUACAAAUGAAGAUUACCAAAUUACCGGCGGGGAUCUGAUUGAACUUAUGGCCAAAUUUGUCACUUUGACUCAGAAAUUGAUAAUUACAGAAAUAGGAUUUUUAGAAAAUUUUUCAGCCCAGCAUGCACAGUUUACUGAUGAGGAUUAUGGUGAUGAAUCUAAAUAUGAGAAAGAUAAUGUAGAUCAACUUAGGUACAAUGUUACGACAGGAGAUGGUAUUAAAACAAACAAGGUUAGUAGUGGCGUUGUUGCAGCCAAUAGUAAUGCAGAAAUUAUGGAAAUGUCGGAUAAUAUUACUGUUGAGUCCUUAAUAGAAACUUUGAUUCUAGCAUACAAUUUUAUAUUUGCGGUAUAUGAGCUAACUUUAAAUAACAGUGCAGAAAAUAUCAAUUUAAUCCAAAGAAAUUAUAUUCAGGAUUUUCUAAACAAAUUCUAUCUGCAACUAAAUGAUAUUUGUGGAAAUGCGAUAUUGAAUGAUUACAGGGAUAAAAAUAUAGAAUUGACAAUGGCUAUUAAUUCUAUCAUGAUGUUAAAAGAAUAUAAUAACUUUGAAUUGAUAAAACGCAAGUUUACGGAUAUUAUUGAUAACGCGAAUGCGACUGAGUUGGCUUUAGAAACUUUAUUAUAUGGUAUUGACUUUUUACAAUUGAUUUUGGAUAUAUGUUGCAGUAAUAAUGGUGGUGAACAUGAUUAUAGUAUUUAUACAUGGGAUGAACAAUGGACUUUGUCUAAUUUAUUGAAUAAAUAUUUAGUGGCGGCGCAAAAAAAGUUAACAAUAUUUAGAAAUUCAAUACUUCAGGGAACAUUAAAGGAUUCCGAUAAUCAAUUAAGCCCAACCGUUUUCAAAUUAUGUGAGGUAAUGAUUAAUAGGGCAACGAACGAAGAAUUUAGGAUAUUGUUACAGAUAAAUAAACAAGAGGGGAAAGAAAAGCAGGCAGAAAAUGGUGAGAAAAGUGCUUCUAAGACAAUAAGUAUUUUGAAGAAAAAUAGGGUUAUAUUGUUAACCAAUGCUAAAAACAUAGCAUCUUUACCAUGUGGUUUUAGAGAAUACAUUAAUAAUAAAUUGGAGAGAAAUUAUAUUUUUCUUCAGGCCAAUGACGCAUUGGAGUCCUUGGAAAAUCAAGGUUUAUGA